GAGGCGUUUCGUGCUGACGAGUAUUAGUGUGUAGAAGUGUAAAAUACUGCCGGUAGAACAUCUAGUACUCUCGCGCUGAGAGGGCGGGCUCAUUUCCCUUUAAGCUGCUUGGCAUUCGCCGGUAAAACAAACUGAAGUUGCAUAUGGACGGAUAUAUGGUCAAACACACGAGAGGAACGAGUAACAAAAGGGAAAUAUUGGGAACACGGGUAUGUAUGAGUGGCGAGAUGUCAUCUUUAGAGGACAUCUUUUCCACUAACCAGUGCCCAACUGCUGUCUUUACCUCACAAGGCACUGAUGUCACUCCAAACGGUGACUGUGGAGUAUGUAAGAUUGUGAAACAGCAUGGUGUGGAGGGGGAAAAGCCGAUGAUUGGGGACAGGGUGCAUGUCCACUACACUGGCAGACUCCUAAAUGGCAAGAAGUUUGACUCCAGUCUAGACCGUAAAGAGCCUUUUGUUUUCAAUGUGGGAAAAGGUCAGGUCAUCAAGGCAUGGGACAUUGUUGUGUGUUCCAUGCAGAAAGGAGAGGUGUGUGUGAUACUCUGUAAGCCUGAAUAUGCAUACGGUUCAGCUGGCAGCCCCCCAAAGGUUCCUCCCAAUGCCACACUUGUGUUUGAGAUUGAGCUGCUGAGCUUCAGAGGGGAGGAGCUUUUAGAAGAUGGUGGGAUCCUGAGGAGAAUAAAGGUCAAAGGCGAAGGCUAUAACAAUCCUAAUGAAGGGGCCACAGUACAAGUACACUUGAAGGGGUGGUGUGGAGGUCGGUUAUUUGAUUCUCGAGAUGUCACCUUUGUUGUGGGUGAAUCAGAGGAUGUGGGUGUUCCUUUAGGAGUGGACAGGGCCAUGGAGAAAAUCCAAAAGGGGGAAUGCUGUUUAUUAUACCUAAAGCCAAAGUAUGGUUUUGGCAAAGAGGGUAAAAAAGAAUAUGACAUUGGAUCAAAUGCAGAACUACUAUAUGAAGUUACACUGAAAAACUUUGAAAAGGCCAAAGAAUUCUGGGAAAUGGACCUUAAAGAAAAAUUAGAACGUGCUGAUUUAGUCAAACAAAAAGGGACGCAGUAUUUCAAGGCUGGACGGUACAGCUAUGCUGUAAUUCAGUACCAGCAGAUUGUAAACUGGUUAGAGAUGGAGUGUGGUACAGGAAAAGAGCAGCUACAAGCCAUCCAGGCCCUGCUAUUAGUGGCCCAUCUGAAUCUUGCCCUGUGUUUUCUGCGAUUGCGUGAAUACUCUCAAACAGUGGAGAACUGCAACAAGGUUAUUGACCUGGACCCAGAAAAUGAGAAAGCUUUGUAUCGACGAGGUGAAGCGCGUCUGUUGCGUAACGAGUUCAGCAUGGCUAUGGUGGACUUCAAGCAAGUUUUGCAAGUGAACUCAUUCAACCGCGCUGCUCGCAGCCAGAUAGCCAUCUGUCGGCGCAAGAUUCGUGAACACGAUGAGCGUGACAAAAAGAUCUAUGCAAACAUGUUCCAGAGGUUUGCUGAACACGAUGCUAAGGUGGGACGAUUAAAAAGGAAAAAAGAAGACAGUGGAAUUUCAGAUCAGAAUAAGCAGGGACUAAAGAGACCUCGUCUCAGUCAGGACGGCUCCUAAAACUCGAGACGCAUUCAGGACGCCCAAAGCAAGGAGGUCAGGCUGUGGAGAUGGCUGGACCAUCCUCAAUCGCGUCAUGAGAGAGGCCAUGGGUAGAGGCGUGGAUGAACCCUCAAUACACCUUGACCUCAGACCUCAUUAUUUUUUAGACUGAAAAACAAAUGCUGGGAAGGAUUUGCAUAGUGGUUUAUUUAUGUUGAGGAGCUUAAGACCUUAGUGACAUUCCUGAAAUGAAAAAACAACAACAACAACAAAAACCAAAGCGCACAAUUCUAUGACCACCAGUAAACCUGUACGAUGCAUGCCUUAGCUAUCAGAAAGGCAUUCAUCUGCUGCAUUAAUGCAAAAGCAUUACAGACUUGAAUAUAACCUAGCACCUUACAAUUUACUGUACAGUAUUCGGUGUAAUUGCAUUGACUUUGUGCAUAAUCAGAUUAGUUUAAGUUUGCAGUGGUGGAAUGUGGACUGGGGAGGGGGGGCUUGAUGCUUUUUCUAUUAUAUUUGUAUUAGUGUGUAUAAUAUUUAGAUUCAAGUGACCAUAGUGGGAAGCUGGACCUAAAAGUGCAAUCCUCCCAUUGGGGAAAACCUAUUUUGCGACUCUACCAGCUGUAUUCUUUGAGAAGUCGCCGAAGGCCCACAUUCACAAACACACUUUUGAUACUUUUGAGAGACUUGUGCAUGCCUCUUUACUGCAUCCUGGGAACGUCCUCGAUUUGGGACUGUAUCUGCAGGUUACUUUCAACCUGAAACCCAGUAGAUAUACUUGACUGAAAAAUUCAAUAGCUAUAUUUUUGAGCUGCAUUUCCAACACAAUUAAAAGCUCAAAUGAUUUUUAGACAAAUCUUUUGACAAGAUAGGAAUAUUUCAAAGAAUUGUUUUCUUAAAACCCACUUGUUGAUUUGAUCAAAUAUUAACCAGUGUGGUUUGCAUGUCUUUCAGUAUGUUCCCCAUAUUUCAGACCAUUUUAAAAAUAUUAUUAAUAGUAAACGGUUUGUUACCUUUUUUUCUGUUUACAGUUUGAUGCAUUACAGCAGGCCUGUCAAUAAAUAUUCAAAGAAAACUG